AUGUUGGAAAGUCAUCCAAGGGAAACCUUUUCCGAGCGGUCUUCAUCGUCAGUUCGUGACAGAUACUCAAAUGACCCAGCAUUUACUGAUGAUAUCCGUCAUUUAGCACUCCCAACUCGUCGCAACUCAGGACCCGAAUCUGAAGCACUCAAAAUGUUUGGAAAAAAGAAAUCGAAAUCAAACAGCAAGGAGGAAUAUUCCAGUCAUUAUUCAUUGCGCUUGGAGCGUAGGAAGAAGUCGACCCAAGCCAACAAUUACAGCGCUGAAUACUUGUGUAAGAAUUCAAGCAGCUCCGAAAGUUUAGACAACAUCAUUUCUUCCUACAAGCUGAAAGGACGAAAAGGUUGUAGCUUAGAUAGAAAUAUUCAGAGCUUUGAUGUAGAACAAAAGCCGCAAUCUAAGCCUAAAAGGUCAUCGUGGUUUUUGCGAAGUCGUGAGAAGAAGAGCGAAAAGUUUCUGAAACGCUCGUCACUUGACUUCACUGUCACUUACGAUACGAAGCAAGUAGAAAAGCCACGGAGUAAGGCUAAAACAAUUCAAAGACAAAAUGCCGCAGAUUAUACUGGAGAUUCAUCAACAACGACACCACAAGAAGAAAUUCAAGAACCGAAGAAAAGUGUUUUGAGCAAAUUUCAAAUUGGCAAACGUUUUCUUAAAGGCGAAAUUGGCAUCAGAAGCUUCAAUUAUUAUCUCUUGAAAGAAGGUUUAAAGAAGAACCAAAGUAAACAAAAACAAGAUUCAAAUACGACGAAGCCACGACUUAAGUCGAAAAGUGAAGAGAAUAUUUAUGAAGAGAUUUAUUUUUAUCAGGAUCAACCAACGCCGAAGCCACGAACGCCACCAGCAUUGCCUCCUUUUAACAAACAAUCCUCGAUGCCAUUAAUUAAACCAAAGAAACCACUAAGUGAUGACGGAAAUUGCAUGAGCUGUGAAAUAUGUUUACAGGAAGCACAGCAAGGCCAAAAUCAACAACAACAACCACACACAUUGUGUGAUAAGUUGAAUUGUGAUAAAUGUGUUGAGAGCCGGAAACUGAUGACUGGCUCUCUAUCUGGCAGCGAAGGAUAUGCCCAAGUUCAGAGUAAACUUGACAAGCAAUCAAUUUAUGAUUUCUUCCAGCAACAACAGCAACAAUCUCAGAAGCAACAUAGUCAGAAUGUUCUUCAAUUUCAAUCUUAUAAUCCAAACAAUCCGAACGUGUAUAAGAUUGAAACAACACCUGUAGCUUUUGAGUACAUGCCGAUUGAAGAGCAGAUAUAUCAAUUAGAACUUAAUCAGCUUUUCGCUCGUGCACAGCAACAACAAACAUUCAAAGGCGAUGGAAAAGUCAUGCCAAAAUCAUCAUCGUCGAGCGAUUCUAUCAGAGGACCUAACCAACUUAAUUAUCGACAGCCGCAUCAACAACAAUCGAAUGAGUUCUAUACGCGACCUAAUUAUCUUUAUUCAAAUGAUGACAAGCAAGGGAAUAAGGAUCAGAAUAGUUCGUCGAUAUUAUACAAAACUGAUUCAUCAAAUUCGAUUCGAAGUGAAAAUUCGUUGAAUAAAAUUUAUAACAGCAAGAAUAGCAGUCAGAAAAGUAAUCAAAGUAAUAAGAGUAGAAAUAGCAAUAACAAUCACAAUCGUGACGAAACGUUAAUCCGGCAAGAUAUGAGUGACUCGAGUCUCGACUUUGAUGAUACAAAUAUAAAUAAUAUGAAUAAUAUUAAUAACAAUCGCAUGAUGAAAUCUCAUCACAAUGGCAAUCAGCAAUCCAACGACUAUCAAGCACAACAAAUUUUUGAUCAAAAAAGUAAUCGUUAUGCUGAAGAUUUCAUUAAGCAUGUCAGCAAUGUUAAGCGAAGAAGUCAAAACACUACAAAUGAGGGAAAUAAUGUGUUGAUUAACAACACGCAACAACUAAUAACAUCAGCUUCGAUUUACGAAGUACCGAGAAGGAAUCCAAAACGAUUAGAAGCUGAUUCACUUCGAAGCGAAAAUGAUGAGAUAAAGUUAAAUGUUGAAAGCUUUUCUGAUGAUUUGAUAAUAAAAGAGUCGGACAAAAUGCUGAUGCAAAAUGAAAAUCAGAAAACAAAUCAAACAACAAAACCAACUGGCACUGUCCCUAAAUUAUCUUCAUCUAUUUCGUCAAAUGACUCGAAAAAGAAAAAGAAAACGGAUCAGAAACUUGAAAAGGAAAGUAAACAAAACGAUGUUGAUGCUGAUGAAAAUUUAGUGAAAGGAAAAGCUCCACAAGCGGAUGAAAGCUUUUCAACUGACAAAAAGAUUUUAUCGCAUGAAACCUUAUCUUCAGAAGUGAAAGUGACAGACAUGCCCAUGAACGACAACAAUAAAACUUUUCCCGAUGAUUCGUUGUCAAAAAUUGAGCAGUUAAAAAACGUCGCUGUUUAUGAUGAUGACGAUGACGUUUUUCUUGAGGAUUCUAAAUGUAAAGAUGAGUCCGCAACACAACGAGAUAAUAACGAAAAUAAAACUGUAAGUACUCACGCAUUAAUGUCGCUAUUAAGUACUAACAUAAAUUCUGGAAUUAGCUGA